UGCGCAUGCGCAGUGCUCACAGGGAAGUGCGGAACAUAUUGGUGCGUCUUUUUUUUCAGUAUUGGGCUGAAAUCAGAAGAACUGCGGAUCUGUUGGGGUCUGAGGCCCGUGCACCCUGAGCACGUGACCCCCUCCCCCCCUGAGAGGACUCACUUGAGCGACCCUCACCUGGACCAUGCCCCGGAGGAAGAGGACCGCCGGCAGCAGCUCGGACGGGACGGAGGACUCGGACUUUUCCGCCGAUCUCGAGCACGCCGAAGCUCUCGGGAGCGCGCACAGACGCAGCAGCACGCGCCUGACACGCGCCUCACUGCGCCUCAGCCGGAGCUCUCAAGACUCCUGCGUGUCUCCGGCUGCUGUCCGAUCUGAAGAGGAUUCAGCGUCUGUCUUCUCCUCAGGACGCAGAGUCACUCGCAGCCAGCAGGGGGCGACACACACCACGGCCAAAAAAUACCCUCUGCGUCAGAGCCGGUCCUCGGGCUCCGACACCGAGGCCAACG